GUUGGGGAGCGUAACGCUCUGCGCGCCCAAGAGGCGCCGGAGCAUCUGCGCUUCUGCGCUCCACUAACCUUGUGCCCUGCAGACGUUUCGGACUACAGUACCCAUCAGCCCCUGCCAGCGUGCACGCGUGAUGGGUAUUGUAGUCCGAAACGUCUGCAGGGCACAAGGAUGGGGAAGGCCGCGUUAUGGGAAAUAGCUGGUUUCCAGCCCAGUCCUCUCUAUGCGUCUUCUGAAAAGUGGGUGGCUUUUUCCCCCCAUUUGUGUUUUAUUGAUUUUCAGUUUCAAACGAAUUAGAUAAAAAGGAGAUAAUAACAAAUCUGCGCUUCUGCGCUCCACCAACCUGGCAUCCUGAAGCUGUUUCGGACUGCAAUGUUGUUGUUGUUUAGUCGUUUAGUCGUGUCCGACUCUUCGUGACCCCAUGGACCAGAGCACGCCAGGCACUCCUGUCUUCCACUGCCUCCCGCAGUUUAGUCAGACUCAUGUUGGCGGCUUCAAGAACACUGUCCAACCAUCUUGUCCUCUAUCGUCCCCUUCUCCUUGUGCCCUCCAUCUUUCCCAACAUCAGGGUCUUUUCCAGGGAGUCCUCUCUUCUCAUGAGGUGGCCAAAGUACUAGAGCCUCAGCUUCACAAUCUGUCCUUCCAGUGAGCACUCAGGGCUGAUUUCCUUCAGAAUGGAUAGGUUUGAUCUUCUAGCAGUCCAUGGGGCUCUCAAGAGUCUCCUCAUAACUUCUAUCUGCCUGUUGUCUUUGUCCAUGGAUUUUUCUUGGCAGGGAUACUGGAGUAGCUUGCCAGUUCCUGAUCCACGUGGAUCACGUUUAGUCAAAACUCUCCACUAUGACCUGUCCAUCUUGGGUGGCCCUGCAUGGCAUAGCUCAUAGCUUCUUCGAGUUAUUCAAGCCCCUUCGCCACGACAAUGCAGUGAUCCGUGAAAGGGCCGGACUGCAAUACCCAACAGCAAAUUGUUGUUAUUGCCGGAUUUACAUAUAAGCUGAACAAGCUAUAGCUCCUUAGGGUCCCACUCUCUUGGGGGCCCCCCAAAAAAUAAUAAUUAAAGGGGGGGAAAUGGAUGUACAUUUCCAAAAUAUAAGAUAAAAAACAAAUAAAAUAAAUCCUACAGACAGCAACAGUGUUUUGUGUUGUGUAGCCUCCUAUUUGUUAUGUGCAAAUGGUUUUCGAUACCUACCGGUAUUAGGUCCAUAAAUUACCAUAUAGCAUACAGUAUAUUCAACACAAAAAUAGCGACAAUUUGUUGUUGACAAAGGACAACGGGACAACUUAGGGCCUCAUCAAACCUAAAUCCGGCCCUGACAACAAUCAUUAUCCCCCCCCAACCCUAGGAAAAUAGUGUCUCAUACUGAAUGCAAACAAACAGUGCUCAAAAGACUAUGAUUUGAAAGCAGGGACGCCAUACGUAGGUUAUUUGUUUGGUUUGUAUCACAAAAAAAUAACUUCAAUAAAAACUAAUUUUAAAAUGCAUGCACACCAACACCAACAAGCAAGCAAGCAAGCAAACAAUAGCACAACAGGUACAGAGGCAUCACCCAAAAGGGAAAUAUUACUGAAGCAAUCCCAGUUGUGGGUCAUUGGGUGUACAGUAGUCGGAUGGAAGUGUCAUUCCACAAUGGCUAUCGAAGCUGUCCAGCUUCUUUUGCAAUAUCUAAAACACAAUUUUUUGUGAUAUGGGGGAUGCCAGGGGGUCCAUAGCCCUGGCUGCAAUUUUUUGAGGGGGGCAACCUUAGUGCGUUGCAGCCCAGCACUCCUCUCUGGGUGGAGGUUUUUUCAUUUCCUUUAUCUCUUUUCUUCUGCUUUUUAGGUUAAAAAUGCUUGGUAUUUUAUGUUUAUUUCUGUAUACUGUGUUUUCUUUGUGUGUGUUUUCAAGCUUUAAUUGAAAUAAAUAAAAAUAGCUUACAGACACAAGCGCACACCAAAAAUGUUGAUCAGAAAGCUCUGGAAGCUCCUUACUGAAACAUUAAAAGCAGACUCCACUGCUGUUUGGGGCCUGCCUUCAGUAUUAAGCCUUAAUUUGUUUUGGCAAAAUAAUACUUGGACUCAACGUCAAUCCGACUUCCUUAUUACAGUUCACAGGAAUUUACUGUCUCCAAGGCAGCCUGAUGUCAUCUCAGCCAAUCCGGGAGCUGGAGCCAGUUAAUGACUCGCCCAAGCGAGCAGAGGAAAGUGAAACUUCACUUCUGACUAGGGAAUCAUGGACGCAAACGCUCUCUUAGGAAACCUGAGCAAGGAAGCUUCCUGCUCCAUCUGCCUGGAGUAUUUCAAAGAGCCGGUGUCUGUACAUUGUGGGCACAACUUCUGCCAGGCCUGCAUCACUCAGUGCUGGUGGGGGCAGGAGACUGGCGUGUCCUGCCCCCGGUGUGGGGAAAGCAGCCACCAAAAGAGCUUCAGAGAGAACCAGCAUCUGGCGAGAAUCGUGGAGAUAGUCAAAUGCUUGAAUCUGGAAGCUGCCAAAGCACUGGAAGAGGGGAGAGUCUGUGAGAAGCACUUGGAACACCUCAAGGUCUUCUGCAAAGACGACAAGAUGCCCAUCUGCUUGGUGUGCACUAUUUCCAACGAGCAUCAAAAUCACACUGUCGUUCCGAUAGAAGAAGCUGCUCAGGAUUACAAGGAACACUUUCAGAUGCAACUGAAGAUCUGGAAGCAAAAGACAGAGGAACUCCAGGCCCUGAAAUUAGCUGAAGCGAGAAGAAGCUUGAAACGUCUGGAAAGGUUAGACUCCGAAGGGAAGAAGAUUGUGUCUGAAUUUGAGCAGCUCCAUCAGUUUCUAGAGGAUCAAGAAGAAUUCCUGCUGGCCAGGCUAGAACAGCUGCAGAAGGAAGUGAUAAUGGAGGAGAAGACCGCCACAUCAGAGAUUUCCAACCUUCAUGACCUUGUCCGUGAUGUGGAAGAGAGAUGUAAGCAACCUGUGAGUGAAUUCCUCAAGGAUCUCAAAAACACCUUGAGCAGAUGCGAUGAUCAGAAGACCCAGAAACCAGUGGGCUGCUCUCAAGAUCUGGAAAAGAGGCUGAAUGUGUUUUCCGAGAAAAGGAUGCACCUGGAAGAGAUCUUAAAGAAAUUCAAAGCUGCUGUGUCAGUUGAACUGGAGAGCAUAUAUUUGUCAAAAGAGGAACUAGGAGUCCGGAAAGGCAGGACAAGAUUAUUUGAGUUGCCUUAUGCCGAAGUGAAGAAAAGAGGCACAAGAGUGAACGUGACUCUGGAUCGAGACACUGCAAACCCCUUCCUCGUCCUCUCAGCGGAUCAGAAGAGUGUGAGACUCGGAGAUGCAUGGCAGGAUGUAGAUGACAACCCCGAGAGAUUUGAUACUUACCCCUGUGUGCUGGGCUGCGAGGGACUCACGUCGGGGAGGCAUUAUUGGGAAGUCGAAGUGGCCAGUGGGAAGCACUGGGCCGUGGGCUUUGCAAAAGAAUCUGUUGAAAGGAAAGGACAGAUCACCCCUAGCCCCGAGGAGCAGAUAUGGGCUCUACAACAAAGUGGGGAUCUCCUUGAAGCUCUUACCUAUCCACCGACUAUCUUGCCAUCGCGCAACUGCCCCAGGAGAGUCUGGGUAUUUCUGGACUAUGAAGAGGAACGAGUGGCAUUUUUUGAUGCCGAUACAUCAGUGUUAAUCUACGUUUUCUCACCAGCGAUGUUCAGUCAGGAGAGAAUCUUCCCUUGGCUCUGGGUCUGGCCUGGAACCGAGCUGAGGAUUUAGCAGCGAGUUUUGAUGUCAGUGUAUUGGGCUAACUGCAGCGAGACUGAGUAACACACAUGCAAAAAAUCGCUUGUCUAGGUUUGGGUAGCUGUCUUCUCUACGGCACAGGAAGAGUGGCUUUACAGGCCAUGUCCCACUUGCAAGGCAAGGAUCCUAGUGUGAAGCAAAUCCCAAAUUUCCUUCAGCAAAAAAUCGACAUUUUGUGCCCCCAAAAAACCGCCUAGCAAAUUGUAUUGUGCAUAUCAGUUUUAAAUUACACAAACGUUGUACUGAUUUCAACUCUUUUAAACACAGCCGAUGUUAAAAGAAUACACGCAUCAUAUAAGGUCGAGAUAGCCAACAUGGUGCCGUUUAGAUCAGGCAUCCCCAAACUUCGGCCCUCCAAAUGUUUUGGACUACAAUUCCCAUCUUUCCCAACCACUGGUCCUGUUAGCUAGGGAUCAUGGGAGUUGUAGGCCAAAACAUCUGGAGGGCUGCAGUUUGGUGAUGCCUGCUUUAGAUGUUGCUAGACUGCAACUUCCAUCACCCCUGACUGCUGGCAGAGGCUGAUGGGAAUUGUAGUACAACACCGUCUGGAGGUUUUAUAUUAAAGGAGUGGCACCGUUAGGCCUGGGCUGCUAGGCACAUCCCCUGCCCCUCGCUGCAGAUGGCUGGUGCCAUGAGUCAGUACCCACAACACCUUCCUUUGAAAAACAACAACGCUUCACUGUGAGCGCAAUGCAGCCAGAACAAAGCUCUCCACAGUUGAUUCCCACCUCCCAUUUAAUUCUGCAGGGUGCCUCUGGGCCUCACAGAAAGAAGACCAGCAGGUGCCUGUAAAAAGUUGCUUUUUAAAAAAAUGAUGUCACAGAGACUGCUGCUGAUGGCUGCCUGGCUGGCAAGGACAAGACAAAAAGGACAAGACAAAAUGAGGGAGGACCAAGCAAGCAGGCAGUGUGAGAAAUACACCUUCCCCUCUUUCUCCCUUUUCUGGGGUGGGGAUGACCCCAUAUCGCCCCUCCCCUACUUUUUACCAGGGUUCAUUCCCUUACACAUGGCCUGCUAACUGGGUGGAUGGAGGAAAGGGUGAGAAAACUGGACUGUGGCUGUGUGUAGAAAUUGGUGGUGGAACGGACGGACUCCCUCAAGAACUUGGAAAUGGAUACUAUUGAAGCGCAACAUUUUUUCAAGCCGCUCUGAUUUUAUUCAGAAUAAACAAUAUGAAUCUGUUUUCAUUCAAGUUUGGGUGCAUUUAAUAUUCAUCUAGCCUGCUUUCAUGCGCGAUGAACUACUACAGUUUGAUCUGCAGGCAUGAGAAGCUUUUCAUAGCAUGGAGGUGAGCAGAAGCCUAUCAUUUUCUUAUGCCUGCUUUUAAAACCCUUCCUGGAAGGCAGAGAUUGGUUGAUCGACUGGCCAGUUAGGAAAUGGGAAAAUAAAAUGAUCUGCUGCCAGGCUGAUCAUGGGAAAAUGAAAAAUUGGGGCUGAUCCACACUCUUAAGUGUGGAUCUAGUUGUUCCAUUUUUAGUUUGGUCCGGCGUUGGCCAUUCCCACAGGUACUUUUUACCUUUGGUUUAACUUGGGGGAAGACUCCUGAAAACCCCAGUUUUCCCAUUCAUUCUUCCUAGUUCUAAAUAGUCUGCUUUUCUGGUUGCCUCCAUCGCCAUCCACCCUUGGCAGUGGGGUGGAGCAUGCACACUUAUUCCACAGAAACCCUUCUUCCCGCACUGUGGCUACACUAUUACAUUCAAA